UUACAAAAUAUGGAAACCUCAUUGCUAAAAAUGGUGGAAAUUUGCACCUGCAAAGCUCUUUUCAUUUUGCUAAUUCUACACCCUCUUCUCUAACCCUUUCGGCAAAUUACAAUUCCAAGGUCUUUUUCCAACUCAGAAAACUUGAGUGAGUCUCCCACCCCAUCUCUCUAAGCUCCCUCCCUAUAAUAUCACCUAUAAGCUUAGGCCUACCCUCCUCAGAGGAAAGUUAUUAAAUAUAUACUCUCAAAACACUUUGCUUUCUUUGGGAUUCGUGAUUUUCCGAAAGCUGAAUUGGCCGGAACUCUUACCAAAAUACCUCAGGUUUGAGGGUUUUCGUUUCUUUUCUUUUCAUCAUCUUCUUUUAAUGAAGAAAAACAAAAACAAUUGCUCUCAGUUAGAUCUUGUUAAAUAUUGUUUGCAGGUGCAAGUGAUCAAAGAGAAUGGGAAGAGGAAAAAUAGAGAUAAAGAGGAUCGAAAACACAACAAAUCGUCAGGUUACCUUUUGCAAACGCAGGAAUGGCCUGCUGAAGAAAGCUUACGAACUGUCAGUCCUGUGUGAUGCUGAAGUUGCUCUCAUUGUCUUCUCCAGUCGAGGCCGUCUGUAUGAGUACUCCAACAACAACAUAAGAUCAACAAUAGACAGGUACAAGAAGGCUUGCUCAGAUACUUCUAACACAAACACUGUUACUGAAAUCAAUGCUCAGUAUUAUCAACAAGAAUCAGCCAAGUUGAGACAGCAGAUUCAAAUGUUACAGAAUUCUAACAGGCACCUAAUGGGAGAUUCCUUGAGUUCCUUAACUGUGAAAGAGUUAAAGCAGGUAGAAAACAGGCUUGAAAGAGGAAUUACUAGGAUCAGGUCCAAGAAGCACGAAAUGCUACUAGCUGAAAUAGAGUUUUUGCAGAAAAGGGAAAUCGAAUUGGAAAAUGAAAGUGUUUGUCUCCGAACCAAGAUUGCAGAAAUUGAGAGGCUUCAGCAGGCAAACAUGGUGACUGGACCUGAGCUUAAUGCUAUUCAAGCUUUAGCUUCUCGCAAUUUCUUUAGCCCCAACGUCAUUGAGCAUCCAUCUGCUUACUCCCAUCCCUCUGACAAGAAGAUUCUCCAUCUUGGGUAGAGGAGUUGGAGAAAACAAAUAUGGAAAAUGGUGUUUUCCAUAAUAUAAUAUGUUAUAUCAUAUUAUAUUCUAUAUUGAAAGUUAAAUAAAAUAAGGAAAUGACAACUCUUGCGAAGUUCGUAUGAUGUAAAACUGUGACUACUUCUGUCGUGUGCUUGUUUUUGGAGUAUCACUUAUUACAAAGAAGCAUAAAUUUGGAUAUAUUUAUUUUUGGAUUUUGCUUUUGAAAUUGUUUUAUUAGUUAAUGAAAAUAUUAGUCUUGAAUGUUGGAAAUAA